GAGCGGCGAACCGGCGGAACGGGGCAGAGCGGAGCAGAGCGGCGGCGCCGGAGAGGAGGAGGAGGAGGAACAAAUAAACAAUCAUAAUAAUAAUUCAUAAUAAUCGUAAUCGUAACGAUCAUAAGAAUUUUUUUAUAAAACAAAAAAAAAAAAAAAGAGAGAGAGAGAGCGAGGAGGAGAAAAAAAAAAGCCAACAGCCCCCCCACACCCCCGAGCCCAAAAGAGGGAGCGAGAGAGAGCAAGAGCGCAGCGGCCGGGCGGAGCGGCGGAGAGGAAGAAUUAAAGCGAGCGAAGGAGGGAGGAGAGACAGAGCAGAGAGAGAGGAGGAAAGAGGAGGAGGAGGAAAAAAAAAAAGCCCACAAAAACAAAGCGAUCGCAGUUGAUGUUGCUGCUGCAAGCUGGACUUCCAAAAACUACGGCGAGACCGACCGCUCUCCGCGCCGAGAAGAGUCUCCUCCGCUGUGCGUGUUUUUUUCCGCUGUGUGUGUAAUCUUUAACCUUUUAUUCAUUCUUAUUUUGAUGGCUUUCCUGAAUGGCUGACUGCGAGCUUCCCUGGACCUGGCCCCCAGACACCCGCCUCUCCUCCUUCAACUACUCUGCUGCAGAUCAGCUCUAAGAGAGAGAGAGGGAGAUCUUUGAAGAGAUUUUUUUUUUUUUCUCCUCUCUCUCUCUCUCUCUCUCUCCCCCUCUCUCCCCCACCCCCACCACCCCUUUACUUUGCUCUCCUGGAGCCCAGACAAUCGACUCGCACCUCGCCCCCCCGCACACACACCUCCAUCGCCCCGUGCUUCUGCACCUUCGCCGGUACCGGGAGAUCCCCCCCACCCCGACCCUCCUGAAAAAAAAAAAAAAAAAAAAAAAAAAAAGGCAAAACAACAAAAGAGAGAGAGGGAAAAAGAGAGAGAGAGAGAGGGGAGGACAAAAAAAUAAAAAGACUGCUGCAAAGCUGAUCUGAAAAGCAAAGCAAACAAACUUUGAAAAUAAAGGGGGAACAGGAAGUUUGGCAACGGUGUCCAAUAGAUAUGGCAAUGGUAGUCGGUGCGUGGCGAGACCCCCAGGACGAUGUGCCCGGAGCUCAGGGAACGCAGCCUUCGCAAGCCCCGCCGGUGCAGGGACCCCCGGCCGGGGCCCCGCACACCCCACAGACCCCGGGGCCCGGGGGCCCUCCCAGUACGCCAGCCCAGACCAACCCGCCGAGCCAGCAGAACCAAGGAGACAAGCAGCAGCAGCAGCAGCACAUUGAAUGUGUGGUUUGUGGGGACAAGUCUAGUGGCAAACAUUAUGGCCAGUUUACCUGCGAGGGUUGCAAGAGUUUCUUCAAGCGGAGUGUAAGGAGGAAUCUCAGCUACACUUGUCGUGCCAACAGGAACUGUCCCAUUGACCAGCACCACCGCAAUCAGUGUCAGUACUGCCGCCUCAAAAAAUGCCUCAAAGUUGGCAUGAGACGGGAAGCGGUCCAGAGGGGCAGAAUGCCACCCACACAGCCAACUCAUGGUCAGUUCGCCUUGACAAAUGGGGACCCUCUCAACUGCCAUUCCUACCUAUCCGGAUAUAUCUCCCUUCUUCUGAGAGCAGAGCCCUACCCCACCUCCCGCUUUGGCAGUCAGUGCAUGCAACCCAACAACAUCAUGGGCAUCGAGAACAUUUGUGAACUGGCAGCUAGGAUGCUCUUCAGCGCGGUGGAGUGGGCCAGGAAUAUCCCCUUCUUCCCAGACCUCCAGAUCACAGACCAGGUGGCCCUCCUGAGGCUGACCUGGAGCGAGUUAUUUGUCCUCAACGCUGCCCAGUGCUCCAUGCCCCUCCACGUAGCUCCGCUCCUGGCAGCUGCUGGCCUCCACGCUUCGCCAAUGUCUGCUGACCGAGUGGUCGCCUUUAUGGACCACAUACGAAUCUUCCAAGAGCAAGUAGAAAAACUGAAAGCAUUGCAUGUCGACUCUGCAGAAUAUAGCUGUUUAAAGGCCAUAGUCCUCUUCACCUCAGAUGCCUGUGGUCUCUCUGAUGUAGCCCAUGUUGAAAGUUUACAGGAGAAGUCACAGUGUGCUUUGGAAGAGUAUGUUAGGAGCCAGUAUCCCAACCAGCCAACACGAUUCGGGAAGCUAUUACUACGUCUCCCCUCCCUUCGCACUGUCUCCUCUUCUGUCAUAGAGCAAUUGUUUUUCGUCCGUUUGGUAGGUAAAACCCCCAUAGAAACCCUAAUCAGGGAUAUGUUACUGUCUGGCAGCAGUUUUAACUGGCCUUACAUGUCCAUUCAAUAAAACAUCCAAGAGAGAGAGAGAAAGAGAGAGAGAGAGAAAAUAAAAGGAAAAAAAAAAACAACAACACCGAGACAAAAAUUAAAAAAAAAAAUAAAUAAAAAUUCAAAAUUGAGAAGGGAGAUGUGAGUGAAAGGAAAGCAAAUGACAUUUGGGUUCUGGUUGUUUCUUAAAUUUCCUUCUGCUAAGAAAGGAUGUAAAAGGAUGUUACAAGUUUGCUAAGAGAAGACAGGAAAAAAUUAAUGGACUGUGAAUUAAAAAAAGAGACUGUCAAAUGAACUUUUACAGAAUGCAUUAAAAACUCCCGUGUCGUUCAGAAAAAAACUUGCUACUUAUCAUUUUUUUUGUAAAAAAUAAAAAAGAGGGAAAGAAAAAAAGAAAGAAGAAGAAAAGAAACGAUGGUGGGCUUUUUCUUUUUUUCUUUUUUCUUCUUUUUUUUUCUUUUUUUUGGGGUAAACUUUUUAAAAAAUCUCGCUUAAAGUGCAUUUAAAGGAAAUUUGGAGAAAAUUAGCAGAACGGAAGCAAGUAAGUCUUUUUUUUCCAAAUUAUUAAUUGUCCUAUGUGUCUAUGUACCUAUAGCUGUUCUUUUUGUAUUUUUCUGGUUUCAAACCAGUUUAUUCUGUGGUUCUAUAAUAAUUUUUGAUAUAACCUUGGCUUCUUUAAAAAAAAAAAAAUAAACUGUGUAUCCUUAAAAUAUAUGUUCUGAAAGAAUUAAAACUGAGUCCACGAAAGUAUCAUAGGAAGAAAGGAAAAGAGAAAAAAAAAAACCCUCAACAACACAAUGAUGGAAGCGCACUUAAGGUGGUGACCCAAAAUCUAGCUUGAAGCUGAGAGAGCUAUAAUUAUAUAGACCCGAAUGAACCACACGUGUCAUAUAACUCCCCCCAAAUCUAGGUUUUUUUGAUAUUUCGGACAGAAAAUGAACUGUGGGGAUUUAUUAUAGGUAGAAGGAUUUUGUGUCCAAGACACACUACGGUUUUGAUUUAAAAGGAAAAAAAAAAAAAACAAACAAGCAAACAAGCAAAGUGAACUUUUGUAAUUUGAAUUGGGUUCCACAUAGUUCAUCAUGAAUUGUUAUUAAACUCCUCUAUCUGUUUGUAUAUUUGCAAGCCCUUUGUAUUAUAAUAAUUGUUGAUAUUUUCCCUUUUUAAAAAAUACCAUUGAAAUCAGCAUGACAAAAUAACACUGUUGGCACUUAUAGAUAACGUGAUUGAUUCAGUAUCUUAGAGUUUACAGUUUUGUGUUUAAAAAAACUGAAGGUUUUUUUUUUUUUUAAGUGCAACAUUUCUGUAUACUGUAAAAGUUAUAAUAACUGAACUGUUUGGUCGAGUCUUUGUGUGUUAUAUUCCAAGGAAAAUUGAAAGUAUUCAGAAAUUAAAAUAUUAUUUGAUAUCUGAAACUUGUUUGGCUGUCAUAAAUGUCUUUCAGAAACCACAUUACUUCUCUAUAGUUUGCAGUCAUUUAAGUCCAUAGGCGAUUGAUUUGUUUACUUGUCACAGUAAGUUUGUAGCAGAUGUAUUGUAGUGUAUUUACCUGUUUAAUUCCGGGAUGGGGGUGGAGGACUUAAGUUCGUGGUUUAUCUCUGGUUUUAGGAAGUACUAUGCUGAAAUGGUAAACCAUCAACCCCCAUUCAUCUAAUCCUCCUGUUAAUUAAAAAUGGAUUUUCUGGGGAAAAAAAAAAAAAA